AUGGCUGGUGAUCAGCAGCUAAAACCAGUUGCAGGGCUCCUUCUGUUCCUCAACUUUUGCAUGUAUGUCAUAGUUUUGGGCAUUGGUGGUUGGGCUUUGAACAGAGCUAUUGAUCAUGGCUUCAUUAUAGGCCCUGGAUUGGACUUGCCGGCACACUUUUCGCCGAUAGAUUUUCCGAUGGGUAAUGCAGCCACCGGAUUCUUCGUUUUGUUUGCAAUGAUUGCUAGUGUGGUUGGGGUGGCCUCGGCAAUUUCGGGUCUGAACCUUAUGCGUUAUUGGGAUGCCGAUAGCAUGUCGGCUGCCGCCACUGCAGCCACCAUUGCCUGGACUCUUACACUUCUUGCCAUGGGGUUUGCUUGCAAAGAGAUUGAGCUGCAUAUCAGGAAUGCCAGCUUGAGAACAAUGGAGGCCUUUAUGAUUAUACUUUCGGCUACUCAGCUCUUUUACAUAGCAGCCAUCCAUGGAGCUGCUUCCAGGAGGAGAACUUGA